GUUGAUAAAUGAAGUUAUUCCCCAUCGAUUGUAAAACUGCAAGGAAUAUCCAACUUCCGUUUCUUAUUAGAAAACAAAUAUGGCCGGCCUGGGGACGUUACUCAGGAUAGUAGGGUCUCCUGCUGCUUCAAUUUUGAAGAAUGCAGCCCUAAUCAAUGUCAGUCCAAUUACCGUUGCUAGUCGCAAAGCUUCCCAGUGGCUGCCAGAUGAGGAUUAUAUCAAGGAGUAUAAACAGCCUGUCCUGUAUUCCAAAGAAGUUCUGGAGGAUGAUUUUGUGGGUUUUCCUGUCAAUUUGGGUUCAGUUGUACCUGAGAAAACGGUUCAGAAUGUUGUUUUGAACUUCGGACCUCAACAUCCAGCUGCUCACGGAGUAUUACGUCUUGUCCUCACACUUAAUGGAGAGGUUGUAGUAAGAAGUGAUCCACAUAUUGGAUUAUUACAUCGAGCCACAGAGAAACUCAUAGAAUAUAAAACAUAUACACAGGCAUUACCCUAUUUUGACAGAUUAGAUUAUGUGUCUAUGAUGUGUAAUGAACAAGCCUAUUCUCUGGCUGUAGAAAAAUUAUUGAAUAUUGAAAUACCACUUAGAGCUAAAUAUAUUAGAACAAUGUUUGGCGAAAUAACUAGAAUUUUAAAUCAUAUUAUGUCUGUUGGUACACAUGCUCUAGAUGUUGGUGCUCUGACUCCAUUUUUCUGGUUGUUUGAGGAGAGAGAAAAGAUGAUGGAAUUCUAUGAGAGAGUAUCUGGAGCUCGUAUGCAUGCAGCUUACGUCAGACCAGGUGGUGUUUAUCAGGAUUUACCAUUAGGAUUAAUGGAAGAUAUCUAUGAAUUUAUCUCCAAGUUUGGUCAGAGAAUUGAUGAAACUGAUGCCCUAUUGACUAAUAAUGAUAUCUGGAGAAUGAGAACCAUUGAUGUUGGAAUCGUCACAGCAGAGGAUGCUAUGAAUUUAGGUUUCAGUGGUGUUAUGUUGAGAGGUUCUGGUAUAAAAUGGGAUUUAAGAAAAACUCAACCAUAUGAUGCGUAUGAUCGUGUAGAUUUUGAUAUACCAAUUGGUACCAAUGGAGACUGUUAUGACAGGUAUCUGAUUCGAAUGGAAGAAAUGAGACAGAGUUUAAGAAUUAUUCAUCAAUGUUUAAAUGAUAUGCCAGAAGGAGAAAUCAAAGUUGAUGAUCAUAAAGUUGUUCCUCCUAAACGAGCUGAAAUGAAGGAAUCUAUGGAAGCUUUGAUUCACCAUUUUAAACUCUACUCUGAAGGCUACAAUGUUCCUCCUGGUUCUACAUAUGCAGCUGUUGAAGCUCCAAAGGGUGAAUUUGGUGUGUAUUUAGUAUCAGAUGGUACCAACAGACCUUACAGAUGUAAAAUAAAGGCUCCUGGUUUCGCUCAUCUGGCUGCAUUAGACAAGAUAGCUAAACAACACUUUUUAGCUGAUGUAGUAGCCAUUAUAGGUACCUUAGAUAUUGUGUUUGGAGAAGUUGACCGUUAAAUACCCUCAGAAUUUUAAAUUGAAUCAACAUCUUGAAUUGUUAUGUUACUGAUAUAUUUAUUCUUGAAUGUAAAAGAAGUUGCAUUGGCUUGAAAAUCCUAAUGUUAAAAAACUUGAGAGCCAAAGUUCUUCAAAAGAAUUUUCGAGCUGAAAUAAGUAGCUUUUUUUUGCUCUUUAUAUAAAAGGGAUCAAACACCUUUAGUUAUGACCUUAAGUUCUAAUCUUGAACAUGACAUGUCUUGUUAAAAGAUGAUUUUAGGAACUUUAGAUACAGUAAUAAGGGUCUGAAUCUAGAAAGUGCUACGUAUUUAUUUUGGUUUUCACUGUAAAUCAAUAAUCUCACCAGAAAUAAGAUUUUGUAAAUAUGAUUUAAAACAGAAUGGUUGUUACUGAAAUAAAUGAAGAUUAGAAAAUC